AUGGCAUUCAAUCUGCGCAGCCUACUGUCCUGCCCAAUCGUGAGGGCCACAUCGAUUUCUGACGCUGGCUUCGAUGGCGUGCUGGUGAUCGGAAAUUGUGUCAAGGCGGCCAGCGAGGUGCCGGCUCUGCAGAGUGUUGCCAACGAGAUUGUUGAAUAUGCGUCGCUAAACAAGGCCGUCUCCUCAAGCGCCCAGCUAAUCCCCAUCGGCCGUUCGAUCAUCCCCGGUGGCCGUCUGAUUUUUUCCGGAACCGGCCCCCUCCACCGUGACUACGAUGAUGUACGCCGUUUUUCACAGGCCGCCACUCGCGGAAUGCAACUAGCCCUCCAAGCCGGUCUCCGUUCCCCACUCCUCGUCACCAUCCCCAACGCCAACCACCCGAAUGCAGAAUUCGUGGCAGCCCUCGGUGCCCUCAUGCCCUCGUACACCCCGCUCAAUGUCAGAAUUGAGGAAAACAAGCAGCACCUCGAGAAGAUCGGUCUCCUCUCGUUCAACCCCAAUGUCGAGAAGCUGAUCGCGGCCAUGGAGGAGGCUUUCACUGUCGCCCGUGAUGUCGGAGAGACCGAUCCGCAGCGUAUGGCUCCUCCACGUGUUGCUCAGUAUAUCAAAGAAGCAUUCAGCUCCGGAAAAAUCAAAGUGGAGAUCACGACCGACCAGGAUGUGAUCUUGAAGGAGUAUCCGUUGAUGGCAGCCGUUAACCGAGCAGCCAAUUGUGUGCCCGAGCACCAGGCCCGGCUCAUUCGUUUGGAGUACAACCCGGAGGGAAAGGUCGAGGAGACGUUGUUCUUUGUUGGAAAAGGAGUCACCAUCGACACUGGCGGCUGCGACUUGAAGGUCAACGGUGUCAUGCACGGAAUGUGUCGCGACAAGUUCGGAUCGGCCGUCGUUGCUGGCAUCUUCAAGAUUCUCGAGCUUUUGCAGCCAAAGGGUGUCAAGGUGGUUGGCUACAUGUGCAUGGUGCGGAACAGCAUCGGGUCGAAUGCGUAUACUUGCGAUGAGGUAAUCACUGCCCGUUCCGGCAAACGUAUCCACAUCUACAAUACGGAUGCCGAGGGACGAAUCACGAUGCUCGACCCGCUGACCCGGGCCAAGGAUGAAGCCCUGAACGAGACGAACCCCCAUUUGUAUACACUUGCUACAUUGACUGGUCAUGCUGCCCUCUCUUACGGUUAUUACGCUGCUUUUAUGGACAAUGGACCGGCUAAGACGGCCGGAACUAGCUUGAAGAUCCAGGAAGCCGGUGAUCACUACGGGCAACCGAUUGAGAUCAGCCGUCUUCAUCAUGAUGACUACGAUUUCCACAAUGCCGAGGGGCAACAGGCCGAUAUUCGUCAGGGUAACACCCGCCCAUCAGUCCAAACCCUUCGUGGGCAUAUGGGGCCCGCCGCGUUUUUGAUUCGGGCUUCCGGUAUCGAAGCCCAUGGUAACGACUCGGAGAAGCCGCUGAAAUUCACGCACGUCGACAUGGGAUCGUGCUGCGGAGACCACCCGAGCACCUCGACCCCGAAUCCCUUGAUCGCCCUCACUGCCGGCCUCAUCCUGCCGCACCUG